UCUCUCUCUGCCCCGGGCCCUUUUUUCUUUGCAACACCUCCAUAAUAUUCUUCGACUCUCACUUACCCAUUCAAUACUGGCUUGCCUUUUCAUAUUGUGUGGUCGAUCUAUACACCUCACCUUUCCCUUGCUGCAGUUGGAGGGGGAGGCCGGGGAGCUGAUUUCUCUAUAUCUCCCUCUCGCAACCCCACAGAUCACAGCCAGAGAGACAAGCAAGAGUUAGGCUGUCCUACCUGAUCAUAUGCCCCUCCUGCAAUUCUUCGAUCCACAUACAAAUUGAAACAAGAAUCGCUUACCCUGCAAAAAUUUUGUUUCUAUUUAUCUCCUCUUUUCUUGUGCAGCUUGUUAGAUAGCAGUGGAUGUCAUGGAAGAUACAAGCUAGCAGCAGCAGAGAGAAGGAAAGAAAAUUUCCUUCAACAUACUCUUCAUCCUUUCUUCAUCAGAUCAUCAGAUCUAUCCUCUCUGUGACCUCAAAGAGGUGAGGUAUCUCAGGUAAUAACUUCGUAGUCCGCCGGAAAUGGCAUCCCCGUCGAGCACCAGCAACAACUCCGCCGUCUCCCCGGUGGCCGCGUCGGGGACGACGACGCCAGGUGCCGGGGCGCCGUGCGCGGCGUGCAAGUUCCUGCGGCGCAAGUGCCUGCCGGGGUGCGUGUUCGCGCCCUACUUCCCGCCGGAGGAGCCGCAGAAGUUCGCGAACGUGCACAAGGUGUUCGGCGCCAGCAACGUCACCAAGCUGCUCAACGAGCUGCUGCCGCACCAGCGCGAGGACGCCGUGAGCUCGCUUGCCUACGAGGCCGAGGCGCGCGUCAAGGACCCCGUCUACGGCUGCGUCGGCGCCAUCUCCUUGCUCCAGCGCCAGGUCCACCGCCUCCAGAAGGAGCUCGACGCCGCGCACGCCGAGCUUCUCCGCUACGCCUGCAACGAUAUGGGCAUCCCCACCGCGCUGCCCGUCUCCGCCGCCCCCAGGCUCUCCACGGCAAUGCCGAGACCCGGCCAUCUCGCCGCGGCCACCGUCGCCGCCAUGUACAGCGGCCGGAGGCUCGGGGUCGUCGACGGCAUAGCGCCGCCAGCUGGCUGCUACUUCACGCGGAACAACGUUAUUAGCAGCCCAGGCGCUGAAGUGGCACCCGUGCUGCCUUACGCUUCCAUGGCUAAUUGGGCCGUGAAUGCCAUCAGCGCCACCACGACCGCCACCUCCGGAUCGGAGAGCAUUGGGAUGGAUCACAAGGAAGUAGGAGACAGCAGCAUGUGAAGCGCCACGAAUAUGGUUUAAUUACUCCUGGUUAAGAUGUGGAGACAUGCAUGUACUUAAGUCUUUAAUGAUCUGGGAAGAAUACUUAGUGAAGGAAGCUUCAGGGAAAUGGGGAUGGAGUCCACAUUCUCAGGUUGAUUAAGAGCUAAGGAGCAAUCUAUCUAUUUAUCUAUCUUUCUCUAUAUAGCCGACAUGAAUUAUAUGUAUCUGCGUCCCUUUUUGCAUGUUGUGCAAGCCAUACUUUGGAGUACUAAAUGUAAUCGAAUCGAGAUCUUGAUCUCCCUUCUUUUCAUGAUUAAUUCGAUCGUUUUCGCAGGAUC